AUGUCGCUCGCGCGCGUAAUUACGUGCGCGAUUAUUAUCGUCGUCGCGGUAAAUUGUAAAUCGAGUGAAAAUGAGAUUGCGAUCAGUUAUCUGCAAAAAUAUGGGUAUCUGGAUAACAGCGGUGCACAGCGAUUUUCAUCGUCCUACAACACUACGCAGGAGUUACAUCGAGCCGUCUCACUGUUUCAAGAAUUCUAUCGACUACCAGGCGACGGCGAAUUAAACGAAGAGGCGCUGAAUCAAAUGGGUAAACCGCGAUGCGGCGUCGAGGACAUUUCGGAGCGCACGUUCGCUCCGCUUUCGGACAAAUGGCCGAGGAAACAUCUCAAAUGGAACUUUCAUCUGGCCAACGACAUAAUCUUGAAAACGACCCAAGCCGCGUUCGAUCUGUGGGCAGCGAAUUCGUCAUUGACGUUCGAGCGCGAUUCACUGAAUCCCGAUAUUUUGAUAUCGUUUCGUGAGGGGCGUCACGCGAUGCUAUACUCCCGACGAAACGAACCGUGUUCGUCUGCGUUCAGAGGUCCUAACGGAGAUGUCGCUCACGCGUUCUUUCCCACCGGAGACCCCAAUUUCGUCUCGGAGGUGCACGUAGACAAAGCGGAGACGUGGCACAUACAGCUGACUAAGAAUCCCCCGGGGAUGUACAAUUUACUUCAGACAUUGACGCACGAGAUCGGUCACGCUUUAGGCUUGCCGCACACCUUCCGCGAAGAUUCGGUGAUGUUCGCGUUCGUGCCUGAGAAGACAUUCAACUUACUCUAG